AGAUGAGCGCUCAACGCCUACAACGAACAUGGCUGCUGCAGUCAGGAUGGGGACGUGGAGCUGUCCGACCAGAGGAACUCUCUAUCCAUGGGUAGUCCUUCUCGUGGUUUUAAUCAGCGCAAUGGAUGCUGUUGUGGCUGCACCGGAGCCCGGGCUGUGGAAAAUCACUGUUGUAAAUACCUCAAGGCCGCUGCUGUUAAGGAAAUCCAUGUAUACAGACACUGACAUCCAGCUGAAAGUCGUGUCUUUUGGCUGUCCCGAGGACGUGACCUUCACUGUUCACUGGCUUUUAAAGUAUUACCCCUGUCACAAUGAGUUCAACAAUAUCGAAGAAAUGUACGAGCGGACGCCUCUGAGUCGAGGGGAGAGCCUGGAUCCGAAUCCCCUCGGACAAGGAGAGUACGUCGAACACAAACACGCCUCGAUAACGUGCAACAGUGGACUGCACUCCUUUCCGAUGUUCAAAAAAGCAAAGGCAGACCCACGUCCAGUCAGUCCACCUGUGGCAGGCGAAGUCCCAGAUGAAACCGACACAAAGUGGAUAACUGAGGAGUACGACGCCAGCAGCACCGUGAAAAUCAAAGACAACGUCAUAGCGACCACGUGGAAGGACGGGCCGUACCUGCUGGUCGUGAAGAUCGUGUCGAGUAAACAGGAAGCCAACUGGAACCUGACAGUCAAUGUGGUGAUGAAAGGCAGCCAUGGCUUCAUUUCUAUCACAGAAUGGCCUCUUAUGAUUUUCUACAUGGUGAUGUGUAUAGUCUACAUCCUGUAUGCUCUGCUGUGGUUCCUGUGGGCAGCGUGCUACUGGAAGGACCUGCUGAGGAUCCAGUUCUGGAUCGCGGGGGUCAUCUUCCUCGGGAUGGUGGAGAAGGCCGUCUUCUGUGCCGAAUAUGAAAACACCAACGCUGUGGGCUCUGCCUCUCCAGGACUGUUGAUCUUUGCGGAGCUGGUCUCUGCCCUCAAGAGGACUCUGGCUCGGCUGCUCGUCAUCAUCGUCAGCCUCGGUUACGGCAUCGUGAAGCCUCGACUCGGGACGGUCAUGCACAGAGUCGUCGGGCUCGGCAUCCUCUACUUCGCCUUUGCCAGCAUUGAAGGCGUCCUGAGGAUAACUGGGGGUCGAGACAACGGCCCUGUUCUCAUUACAGCGAUUACUCUGGCUGUGUUUGACUCCUGCGCCAUCUGGUUCAUAUCCUUCCACCUGGCACAAACCAUCAAGACCCUGAAGCUGAGGAGAAACCCCGUCAAGCUGUCUCUGUACAGACACUUCACCAACACGCUCAUAUUUGCAGUCAUCGCGUCCGUCAUCUUUAUGGGUUGGAUAGCGAAAAAGUUCCGGCUCGCAGAUUGUCAGUCUGAUUGGAUCGAGCUGUGGGUGGAGGACGCUUUCUGGAGGUUCUUGUUCUCCGUCAUUCUGUUUGUCAUAAUGUUCUUAUGGAGGCCGUCUGCAAACAACCAGAGGUAUGCUUUCACGCCUCUCAUGGACGACUCUGAUGACGACGAGGAGAUCGAGGAGUUCAUCGCCUCCUCAAACAUCGCUGAUGGCAUAAAGCUGAGAGCAUCUAAAAGUGACACAAACGGCUCCGCAAAGCCUCCAGAACCGAACCCGGAUGACGACUUGAAGUGGGUAGAAGAUAACAUUCCCAGCUCUCUUACUGAUGUAGCUCUUCCAGUCCUCCUGGACUCUGAUGAGGAAAUCAUGACGACGAGGUACGAGAUGUCCAAGCUGGAGUGAGGAACCGCGUUUCCAGACUUCGACUGACGUGGAGGGAGAACCCUGCAGCCGUGCCCUGACCCCGCUGCGGGGUUUUUUUUCUCCCCAGGAUUUCCAGUCGGGUGGUGAUGGCGGUGAGGGUGGUGGUGGUGGUGUGCCAUUUAAUACUUCAGGGGACCUUCCUGUCCUGUGUGUGUUGAUACUUCGCAGGGUGGAGCAGACCACAAAGUAGGAGGACUUCUGCUCAUUUCCUCAUCUUUACUUCGGAGCCAAGGACUCGAGAGAGA